AUGGACGUGGACGUGGACGUGGACGUGGACGUGGACGUGGACGUGGACGUGGACAUGGACGUGGACGUGGACGUGGACGUGGACAUGGACGUGGACGUGGACGUGGACAUGGACAUGGACGUGGACGUGGACGUGGACGUGGACGUGGACAUGGACUGGACAUGGACGUGGACGUGGACGUGGACAUGGACGUGGACGUGGACGUGGACAUGGACGUGGACGUGGACAUGGACGUGGACAUGGACGUGGACUGGACGUGACGCGUGGACGUGGACGUGGACGUGGACGUGGACAUGGACAUGGACGUGGACGUGGACGUGGACGUGGACAUGGACAUGGACGUGGGUGGACGUGGACGUGGACGUGGACGUGGACGUGGACAUGGACGUGGACAUGGACGUGGACGUGGACGUGGACGUGGACGUGGACAUGGACGUGGACGUGGACGUGGACAUGGACGUAGUUGUGGACGUGGACGUGGACAUGGACGUGGACGUGGACGUGGACGUGGACGUGGACGUGGACAUGGACCUGGACGUGGACGUGGACGUGGACGUGGACGUGGACGUGGACAUGGACGUGGACGUGGACGUGGACGUGGACGUGGACAUGGACGUGGACGUGGACGUGGACGUGGACGUGGACGUGGACGUGGACGUGGACAUGGACGUGGACGUGGACGUGGACGUGGACGUGGACGUGGACGUGGACGUGGACAUGGACGUGGACGUGGACGUGGACGUGGACGUGGACGUGGACGUGGACAUGGACGUGGACAUGGACGUGGACGUGGACGUGGACAUGGACGUGGACGUGGACGUGGACGUGGACGUGGACGUGGACGUGGACGUGUACGUGGACAUGGACGUGGACGUGGACGUGGACGUGGACGUGGACGUGGACGUGGACGUGGACGUGGACAUGGACAUGGACGUGGACGUGGACGUGGACGUGGACGUGGACGUGGACCUGGACGUUGACAUGGACGUGGACGUGGACGUGGACAUGGACGUGGACGUGGACGUUACGUGGACGUGGACAUGGACGUGGACGUGGACGUGGACGUGGACGUGGACGUGGACGUGGACGUGGACUGGACGUGGACAUGGACAUGGACGUGGACGUGGACGUGGACGUGGACAUGGACGUGGACGUGGACGUGGACAUGGACGUGGACGUGGACAUGGACGUGGAUGUGGACAUGGACGUGGACAUGGACGUGGACGUGGACUGGACGUGGACGUGGACCUGGACGUGGACGUGGACAUGGACGUGGACAUGGACAUGGACGUGGACGUGGACGUGGACGUGGACAUGGACGACAUGGACGUGAACGUGGACGUGGACGUGGACUGGACGUGGACGUGGACGUGGACAUGGACAUGGACGUGGACGUGGACGUUGACGUGGACGUGGACAUGGACGUGGACGGGACGUGGACGUGGACGUGGACGUGGACGUGGACGUGGACGUGGACAUGGACGUGGACGUGGACGUGGACGGGACAUGGACGUGGACGUGGACGUGGACAUGGACAUGGACGUGGACGUGGACGUGGACGUGGACGUGGACGUGGACAUGGACGUGGACAUGGACGUGGACAUGGACGUGGACGUGGACGUGGACAUGGACGUGGACGUGGACGUGGACGUGGACGACGUGGACAUGGACGUGGACGUGGACGUGGACGUGGACGUGGACGUGGACAUGGACAUGGACGUGGACGUGGACGUGGACGUGGACGUGGACGUGGACGUGGACGUGGACGUGGACAUGGACAUGGACGUGGACGUGGACGUGGACGUGGACGUGGACGUGGACAUGGACGUGGACGUGGACGUGGACGUGGACGUGGACGUGGACAUGGACGUGAACGUGGACGUGGACCUGGACGUGGACGUGGACGUGGACGUGGACGUGGACGUGGACGUGGACGUGGACAUGGACGUGGACAUGGACGUGGACGUGGACGUGGACGUGGACUGGACGUGGACGUGGACGUGGACGUGGAUGUGGACGUGGACGUGGACGUGGACAUGGACGUGGACGUGGACGUGGACGUGGACUGGACUUGGACGUGGACGUGGACGUGGACGUGGACUUGGACGUGGACUGGACUGGACGUGGACGUGGACGUGGACGUGGAUGUGGACGUGGACUGGACGUGGACGUGGACGUGGACGUGGACGUGGACCUGGACUUGGACGUGGACGUGGACGUGGACGUGGACAUGGACGUGGUUGGGACAUGGACGUGGACAUGGACGUGGACGUGGACGUGGACGUGGACGUGGACGUGGACAUGGACAUGGACGUGGACGUGGACGUGGACGUGGACGUGGACGUGGACGUGGACAUGGACAUGGACGUGGACGUGACCGUGGACGUGGACGUGGACGUGGACAUGGACGUGGACGUGGACGUGGACGUGGAUGUGGACGUGGACGUGGACAUGGACGUGAACGUGGACGUGGACUGGACGUGGACGUGGACGUGGACGUGGACGUGGGAUGGACGUGGACGUGGACAUGGACGUGGACAUGGACGUGGACGUGGACGUGGACAGGACGUGGACGUGGACGUGGACGUGGACGUGGACGUGGACGUUGACGUGGACGUGGACAUGGACAUGGACGUGGACGUGGACGUGGACGUUGACGUGGACUUGGACGUGGACGUGGACGUGGACGUGGACGUGGACCUGGACGUGGACGUGGACGUGGACGUGGACUUGGACGUGGACCUGGACGUGGACGUGGACGUGGACGUGGACGUGGACGUGGACGUGGACGUGGACGUGGACAUGGACGUGGACGUGGACGUGGACGUGGACCUGGACUGGACGUGGACGUGGACGUGGACGUGGACUUGGACGUGGACCUGGACGUGGACGUGGACGUGGACGUGGACGUGGACGUGGACGUGGACGUGGACUUGGACGUGGACGUGGACGUGGACGUGGACGUGGACAUGGACGUGGACGUGGACGUGGACUUGGACGUGGACCUGGACAUGGACGUGGACGUGGACGUGGACGUGGACGUGGACGUGGACGUGGACGUGGACGUGGACAUGGACGUGGACGUGGACGUGGACAUGGACGUGGACAUGGACGUGGACAUGGACGUGGACGUGGACGUGGACAUGGACGUGGACGUGGACGUGGACCUGGACGUGGACGUGGACGUGGACGGGACGUGGACGUGGACGUGGACGUGGACGUGGACGUGGACAUGGACGUGGACGUGGACGUGGACAUGGACGUGGACGUGGACGUGGACCUGACGUGAACGUGGACGUGGACAUGGACGUGGACGUGGACGUGGACCUGUACGUGAACGUGGACGUGGACAUGGACGUGGACGUGGACAUGGACAUGGACGCGGACGGGACGUGGACGUGGACUUGGACGUGGACUUGGACGUGGACGUGGACGUGGACUUGGACGUGGACUUGGACGUGGACAUGGACGUGGACAUGGACGUGGACGUGGACGUGGACGUGGACAUGGACGUGGACGUGGACAUGGACAUGGACGUGGACGUGGAUGUGGACGUGGACGUGGACGUGGACCUGGACGUGGACGUGGACGUGGACGUUUACGUGGACGGGACAUGGACGUGGACGUGGACGUGGACAUGGACGUGGACGUGGACGUGGACAUGGACGUGGACAUGGACGUGGACAUGGACGUGGACGUGGACGUGGACAUGGACACGUGGACGUGGACAUGGAUGGACAUGGACGUGGACGUGGACAUGGGACAUGGACAUGGACGUGGACAUGGACGUGGACGUGGACAUGGACUGGACGUGGACGUGGACAUGGACAUGGACGUGGACGUGGACGUGGACGUUGA